AUGAAUAUUCUUAAUGAAUAUUAUAAUAAAUAUGAAGAUAUUGGGCGUAAUACUAAACUACUUUGCACGAAAAAAUCAAAAAAGACGCUUACUAGUCAACAAUAUCAAGAACUUCCUUUAGUGAAUAAAGAUGGUGAAGUUAUUGGUGUUUAUAAGAAUGAAGAAGUUUUAGAAAAAAUUGGAACUCCAAUAUAUAGUUUUCUUUGUUCAUAUUUAUUAAAAACAAAUACACCUCAAUCAAAAGGUCUUUUUAUUGGGAAUAAAGACUAUUAUAAUGAAAUAUCUAAUAAUAAUAUCAAUGAUCAAAAUAACAUUAAAUUAUCAAAAGAAGAGUUCUUAGAAUAUCCAAUUUUUGAUGAAUAUCAAUUUAAUUGUAUUAAUGACCAUAUUAGUUCUCAAGUAUUAGAACAUUAUUCAUAUAUUGGAUCUGAGCCAUUCCAACAAUUAAAUAAAUACGCUGAAACUUUACAACAAGAAUUGCAGAUUAGCCAUAGUGGUUCACCGGAAGAUAUUCUAUCAUAUAACAACAUAGACUCUCAUUUUGGUGACCACCAGUACACACAGACUGAUCAUAAUGUAUCAUUAAUUAAUGUAGAUCCAAGGUUGGUGAAUUUUGAGAAUUCAAAUUAUAAUGAAGCUAUGCCACAAAAUAAUCCAGAUGUUGUUGAUAUUAGUUGUUUCAUAGCAAUGGACGAUUGUUUUCAAGAAGAUUAUCCAUCAGAGACUUCCUUUAUAGAACAUGGGUUUAUUCAAAAUAUAUGCCAUUAUGAAUAA